CGUCACCGCUCCUUCCUAACUUGCACCUCUCUCCACUCACCUCAACUUCAGCAGACAGCUCUUUUCCAACAAGUACAUCCCGAUAGUCCGGGCGAAUCACUCACCAUGCGUACCCAUCUUCCUCUCCUGCUCAGCCUUCUCGCGGACUUAGCAGUAGCCAACAGCAAGUCGUUCGAAUCGAAAUGCAAUGACAUCGCCAGAGAUAUGCAAACCGGCUACGCCACCAUCAACUUUGUGCAAUACCUUCCUGCGGGCUCGACCAUCAAUCACACGGCUGAGGGUUUAAACGCGACGUGCGUCUCCAGUUCUGCUCCACCAAUGCCCGUCGCCCUCUGUCGCGUCGGCCUCCAUGUCCCUACUUCCUCGUCCAGCUACGUCCUCAUAGAGGCGUGGCUACCAGAGAAGUGGGAGAGUCGUCUCUUAUCAACAGGAAAUAGUGCAACGGGCGGGUGCAUCGACUACCCUCAGAUGGCAUACGGUGCAUCUUUCGGAUUUGCCACAGUGGGAACGAAUAAUGGACAUAAUGGCAGUUCUGCUGGUGCUUUCUUUCAUCAGCCCGAGGUGUUGAAGGAUUUCUCGUGGCGUGCUCUCUACACGGGGGCUGUAAUCGGGAAAGAGACGACAAAGAAGUUCUACGAUUGCGAAGACUUCAAGUCUUACCAUAUUGGAUGCUCUACCAGUGGCCGACAGCUGUUCGAUGGAAUCGUCUCCGGAGCUCCGGUUAUCAAUAACGAUGGUCUCGUAUCUUGGUAUGGCUAUGCUCUUGAGACCGUCUUGGGCGCCAAUACCUCGGAUUCUUAUCUCACCCCCGAAAACUGGAAGCUCGUUCACGAGGAAGUCCAAAAGCAGUGUGACGCGCUUGACGGCGCCGCAGACGGUAUUCUCGAAGACACGCGCCGAUGCAAGCUCGACUCCAAACCCCUUUACUGCUUGACGAGCAAUCGCCCAGGAUGCUUGUCUACACCCCAAGUUUUUGCUAUGGAGCAGAUCUUCUCGCCCUUCGUCUACGGAAACACGUACCUUCAUCCUGGUGCAGCGCAUGGCGACGAGACCUCCUUUUCUGAAGGCAUUUACAGCAGCAUCCCCAUCACAUUCCUUGUUGAAGGGUUCCGCUUCAUUUUCUACAACGACUUGAGCUGGGAGCCUUCUCGCUUCACACCAUUGGACGCUCUAAAGGUCGUCCAAGCUAACCCCGGCGACCUGCACACCUUCAAUCCCAACCUUACCGCAUUCCGCGAUCGCGGAGGCAAGAUCCUGCACUGGCACGAACAAUCUGAUGCCCUUGCCUCCGUGCGUAACUCGGACUGGUACUACGACCUCGUGCUCAACACCACCACUUCUGGGAACGUCGCCUCCCUCGACGAAUUCUAUCGCUAUUUCCGCAUCUCGGGUACAUACCAUUGCGGCGGUGGGCCGGGCGCGAAUUUCAUUGGCCAGAGCGGGCUUGCCAGGAAGGAGAAACCCGAAGAUAACGUGCUUCUUGCAAUCGUGGACUGGGUGGAGAAGGGGACGGCGCCCGAGUAUGUAAGGGGGGUGAAGUUCGUGGAUGAUGAGCCGGAGAAGGGGGUGGUAUUUACAAGGAGGCACUGUAAGCAUCCACUGACGAAUAUUUAUAACGGCAGGGCAGGGAAUGGGACUGAUGAGGACGGUUGGCGGUGUGUGGAAAAAUAG